AUGGAGAUAGCACGUUCAGCAGCUUACUCCAUUCCCCGCUCUCUCCCCUCUCUCUCCCCAACUUCCUCCGUUCCCCCCUCUCUCCCCUCCUUCCCUCCCGUCCCUCCCCGCCCUCCCCCCUCCCUCCCCCGCUCCUCUCCCCCGCUCCUCCCCCCUCUUCCCCCCGUGCGCGCUGUGGACAGCCAGCAGUCCUUCCCCCCGUGCGUGUCGGAGUGGCGCAAGGCGGAGCUGAGCUCGUCGUUCGUUCCCCCCGUGCGCGCUGUGGACAGACAGCAGCUCUUCUCAAAGCCAUCGGAGCUGGCGGUGCAGGGCCCGCGCAAGGCCCGCGCAAGGCGGAGCUGA